CCUGUGUGGGACGUUGUGGUGAGGUUUUCACCAGAGGUCAGCUUUGUGCCUGCGACCUCAGCUGCAUGCAACACAAUGAGUGCUGCCCAGACUUUGAGGCCACUUGCACCACUGCUCAGUCCUGCCUGGGUCGCUGCGGCGAGCCGUUCAGACGUGGUCAGCAGUGCGAAUGUGAUCCCGAGUGUGUACGCCACAACACCUGCUGCCGCGACUAUCAGCGUCACUGCGAUGCCAGCGUGUCAGUGUCAGGGUCACAUCCAAGAACUUUCCAGCCUCUGGGGGCCAAGGCUUCAGGUCAUCGAAAAUCCGAGGGGAGCAAGAAAGGGUCCAACAGUGAGAGCGAGGAAUUGUAUAAAGGUGUGACUGACAUUUCCGUCGGCCUGCUGCCAGCGUCCGCCCCGUCCUCUCACGGUGGAACUCCAGACUCCCGAGCACGAAUGAAUGCUCUGCCCAGCAACAGUGUUCCGUCUCAGGGCGGCAGAGCUCCUGUGAGCCCCUCUGGUCCCAGUGAACCCCUGGUGCUGUUACCUGGGGGAGCGGCUCCAUAUGUGCCAAGUCAAGGACUCACAGGUUCUAGGCCCAGACCCAACACCCUGCUGGACAUAGCUCAAGCCUUGGGACUCUCUGAGGUGGACACAGGCUCUGAGAGACCGGGAGCAGGACUACUUGCUGGUGACGUGUGCAGUGAUUCUCCCAUCGAUGGACUGACUGCUCUCAGCAAUGGGACCAUCCUGAUAUUCAAAGGUGAGCUCUUCUGGUCAGUGGACCCUGUCAGUCACUUACCUGGUCGUCCGCAGAGCAUCACAGACAGGUUAGGUGUCUCCUCUCCCAUCGACACCGUCUUCACACGCUGCAACUGCCACAGAAACACCUACAUCAUCAAGGGAGACCACUUCUGGCGUUUCGAUAGGAACAUGGUUGUAGAGCCCGGCUUCCCCAAGCCUCUGGCGUCCGAGUUCCCAGGACUGACAGGAACCAUCAGUGCUGCACUGGCAGUGCCAGCCACCAGGAAAAGACCCGAGACUGUGUACUUCUUUAAGGGCGGAGACAUGAUGCAGAGCUUCACCUACGCACCAGGCAGCACUCCGUCCUGCAGCGGGAAAUCCAGGAGCUCGACUCACCAGGCUGCUCUUCAAGGUGGAGAGAUCAAGAUCAAAUUGGCUCUGAGGGGAUUCCCCACCCCGGUCACCUCUGCUCUGUCCAUGCCCAGCCCCCAGAGGAGUGACAGAUACCACCACUACGUCUUCUCCGGAACUGUGUUCUUCAGUGUCCACAUUGUCGGCAGCCUGCCUGCGCUGGCCAAACCUGACCCAUCUGCCGCCCUCGCACCUCUGCCCAUCCUCAGCCCUGCGACCACAGCUACCAACGCUGCCAACAUGGCCGCCCACAACGCUAACCCCACCUACCCAGCCUACUCCAUCAGAGUUUGGCUGCGCUGCCCAUAGAAAGGUCCCGAAGAGGAGAUGGCGGCCCUGCUCGGGGUGUUUCCUGCUACAGCGCGACAAAUUCUACUAUGUAAAUAUACUUACAUAGUUAUAGGUAGUAACUAUAUUUUCUCAAAUGCAUUGUUAAUUCCCAUAAGUGAUUUUUGUAACAAAAAACCCCAUCAUAAAUUGAAGCGAUCUCCCCCUUGCCAUAACAGCUCCAACUUGAGGAGGCAGGGCCUCUACAAGGCCUGUUAAGGGCCCUGUAGUAUCUGGCACCGACACAUCACCAGCACAUCCUUAAAGUCCUGCUAGUUGUGAGGAGGAGCAGGAGUAGAUCGCGCUUGUUCCUGCACAUCAGUCUGUGCCUGUUUCAUGGUCCGUCCCUCCGUGCAUCACGGUUGGUGGGCACUGAGGGACUCACCAGUGCUGACUAGGUGCCUCACGAGAUGCUCCCAUCGAUUUGUCAAAGUCGCUCAGGACUUAACACCACAGUGACUUAGAUGGUCACUGUCCAGUAAAUCCCAGACCUUAACAUGGACUGGUGUAAUGAGAUGAUGUUAUUCGCUUCAUCAACAAGUGGUCACACUGUUUUGUCUCAUUAGUUUGGAAAGCUAACUCUUACUGGAGCAAAAACAAGUUUUUAUUCCCCUUGUUGUAUAGUAUUUAGAAUUCAUUCAUUAUGUCACCAUUACAGAUUUCUGUAUCAAAUAUUAUUUUUUGUGAUUUAGCCUACUUAAAAUAAUUUGAAGUCAAUAAAACAGCCCAUAAUCUUCAUAAUUUACCUAAUGCAGAGUUGACAUCUUUAGAUUUUCUUGGUCUGAUCAACACUCUAAACAGCAAGAAAGUCAAUUAAC